GUGGGAAUAUGCUCCGCCGUGACUCAUUCUCCAGCAUGUCCCUUGCGUUUUGCGGCCCUGCCCCGCCAGAUCGCCUCGGCCGAUCGAUCCUGCCUUUGAUCGUCCGAUCUGAUUCCUGCUCGCUGCUCCACCAGACACUAGCUUGCUCGAUGCCUGAGCCUUGGAACCACUACAGCGGCUUCCACCCGCCCUCGCCCAAAUGGUCCGUCCCGCGGAUUCGCUUCGACCAGAUCUCGCCACAGGAUUUCUAUGCAAAGUUCGUGGCCACCCGCACUCCGUGCGUCCUCGAGGGCUGCACCUAUCCCCAGGCCAAUUGGACGCCCCAGUCCGUUGCCGACAUGGGGGCCGGGGCCAUCUCGGUUCAGGUCGAAGGCAUGGGCGCCGACGGCUUCUUUGGAUCCGGCAAGCUUCGAAGUCUGACCAACUUUGACCAGUUUGUCCGUCGCCUCGAAACCCAGGGCGAAAUUGGCUUGUACAUGACCACCCAGUAUUACGAGCCGUCCCCCGACAGCGACCCGGAUCGGGACGUCUCGCCCGAAGUCCAGCUGGAUCGGGUGCUGGAUUACUGCCAGCCGCCGCUGACGGCGCUGCUGGGUCGGUUUGAAAUGACCCCAGCGAUCCUCGGCCAUUUGGUCCCGCAGCAGGUCAAUCUGUGGAUCGGCGCAACCUCAAACUCAAACUCGAAGGGCUCAUCCUCGGGCCUGCAUCACGACUAUGCCGACAAUCUGUAUGUCCUUUGCAAGGGCAAGAAACGAUUCACGCUCUUCAGCCCCAAGGACGCCGAGCACCUUUUGUUGGUCGGCAAGUCGCCGUUCGUCCACCCAAACGGCCUGAUUUCCUACGAUGGAGCAGCGAUCCGCGCCGAUGGUGCCAAUCUCGUCGAUGUUGCAAAGUACCAUCUGCGCACCGCUGAGGAGGGCCUUGCCCAGGCCGAGGCUGCGAGCAUCGACACAUCGCCGUUCGAGGAUGCCGUCGACGAGGCGAUGGACGAGCUACUGAGGCUCGAGACUGCCCCGCAGGACAACCAGCCCGGCCGCAGCUCGAAGAAACGAGGCAGCAAGCGUCCCCGCAGCGUCCUCGAGAGCGAGCUGUCCAGCGCCGAGCCACCGAGUUUCAGCCGCAUUGACACCAAGUCGCUGCGAGCUCGAGACUAUGGACGCUAUCCGAGUCUGAAGAAGGCCACCGCUAUCGUCUGCGAGCUCAAGCAAAGCGAUGCGCUGUAUCUGCCCGCCGGCUGGUUCCAUGAGGUGACGUCCUUUGGCCAGGGCACGGCUUCCGAGGGAUCGUCCACGCACAUGGCAUUCAACUACUGGAUGCAUCCGCCGACGGAGGCUGGCACCUUUGAGCAGCCGUACGAUGACGGCUACUGGAAGGACAGGUGGCUGGAGACUGCUGCGAUCAUCGAAGCACGGCGGCAAGAGAUUAUGCGGCUGAGCUCAAAGAAACCCAAGCCCAGGCCGGUGCUGCUGCAGUCGCAUGGCAUGGUGUGGAGAGUGGCCACCAAGGAGCCGUAGUCUCUCGGUGAUCAUCCACAAAUCAAGAGUGCUCGGCGUCUGUCGUCCACCACUACGAUGCGGCUCGUCAUGGGUCUGGCUCGUAUCGUGAGCACACCGAUAUGAAUCCAAUAACCACACCCCAGGAAUUGUGAAUACACACCCGCAUUGGCUAUCA